AUGAUAACCCAGAUGAUCUUAAAGGGCAGGAAUCCUCUCCACUCAAACCUUGAUUAUGUAUAUAUUGUCGACCGAGACGCUGGUGCUUUGAUCAUUCCAUUAUGGAAAGUGGAAAACAAAUCUUUGAGGCCGGCCGCGAUACGUAUUGACCUUUCAAAAUUCUAUGAGACCUCGGGACUCAUCAUAAUGACUUCUUUGGAACAGUCUUCAUAUGUAUCUGAUGAUCAAACUUCUCGGAAAUCCAUGACUCCUAGUGAAUCACUAGUGUACGGGACACUUACACUGAACUUUGGUCCUCCAACUCCCAUGAAUGAGCUGCAGGAACAAUUCUUUACCGACUUUGUCUUUAUAUGCUGGCGUCAUCCUCAUUUCCAAAUAUUCGAUACUGUUGGCCAACAAUUCAGCACUUUAAUGCUUCCCGAUUUCCGUGCCCUCACGCGGAUUCUAACCAGGCUGCUGGAAGAAGCCUUGGACUCCUACAGAACGGUGGCAACGGUCUUUGCCGCCCGGUUCUCUUCAGAAAUUCCUAAGCGAAACAAGCUCUACAGAUUCUAUAGCAUUUUCUCGGGCUUCCUUCACAGUUCAGCAGUGUUACUACAUCUCUAUACCUUGUUUCGACGGCAUCACUGUGCAAAACUAUGGAUCUUUUAUAUCAUGUUACGAGAAGCGUGGCGAUUUAAAUUAGGGAGGAGUGUUUUGUUCCAGCUGCUACACUUGGCAGCAUUUGGAAUAUAUUGGUCUUACUAA